GUGUCCUGUGUACUCCCCCCUCCUCAUCCUCCUCCUCCCGGGACAUUCUCCACACACCAGCCGUGUCCGGGGAAGGUGCCGGCAUGAUGCUGAGGGAUUUACAAUGACAAGUAAACGAUCCGCCAAAUUCCAUCUCAGAAGAUCUCUGAGCGAGCAGCUGAAGGACUCCACCAGCAAAGCCUGGGAUCUGCUAUGGAGGAACAUCCGAGACAAGCGCCUGGCAGAGCUCGAGGCGAAGGAAGCAUGUGAGUGGUUGCGGGCUGCUGGAUUUCCUCAGUACGCACAGCUUUAUGAAGAUUCUCAGUUUCCAAUUGACAUCACAUCUGUGAAACGGGACCAUGAUUUUCUUGAUAGAGACCAUGUAGAACCACUUUGCAGACGACUGAACACGUUGAACAAGUGUGCAUCCAUGAAACUCGAUGUCAGCCUCCAACGGAAGAAGAGUGAAGAUUCAGAUGAAGAAGAUCUUUGCGCCAUCAGUGACAAAUGGACGUUUCAAAGACUCAGUCGCCAAUGGUCUCGGGUGGAUGACAUUGAUACACUGUUCAGGCGAUCAGAAACUCUUGGGUCAUCCGGGGACAUGAAAAACACGACCAGUAGUGAAAGUGUUUUGACCGAUCUCAGCGAGCCCGAGAUAUGUUCCAUUCACAGCGGAAGUAGCAGUGGAAGUGACUGCAGAUGUUCAUAUGUUGGAAACAGUGCUUCUAGAGAGACUUUUGAAUGCAGUGACACCAUGUGCGUACCUGACUCCAACUCAGUUAACUUUUUACCUCCAUACUGGCCAAAGGAAUACCUAGACAGUAAGCUGAAUGCAAAGACUGAGAGAUAUACUCACACAAAAGCAAAGAAUCUUCUGAAAUGCAUGGGGACCCUCAGAGGCAAAGGCUCACAAGGAAAAUUAAAAGGAACACCAAAAACUGGAGGCCUAAUAAUAAGCGAGCCUAUUCUGCGAAUGGAGCAAGCGGCUGUCAAAUCAAUGAACUGUAUUCAGAUAGGUAAUGGAUUGGACUCUUCUACAGACAUUAAGGUACCUGGAAAUGUGGAUUUGAAAUCAGAAAUGAGAACUGUCAAUGAUAGCACUUCACAUUUAAAAGAAGUUUUUGAAUCAAACAAGCGAUCAGGUAUGUACCUAGAGGAUAUUGAUCUUUUCUCAGUGGCUGGGAUCCGAGCUAAACCUAGGCAGAAUCAUAAGUGUGAAUUUCAUUCACAAGAGGAUCUGGUGGUUCAUAUUCCAAAAGACCAUAAACCUGGGACAUUUCCAAAAGCUCUGUCAAUUGAAAGCCUCUCUCCUUCUGAUAAUCACUGUGGGUUGAACUGGCGAGGGGAAAGCAUAUCUCUGAGCAGGCAAAAGGGACUCGGUUUAAAAGAGCCAAAAGUUCCAUCCUCACGGUGUCCAAGAGGUAGCAGGCUUAGUGUGUAUGACAAUGUUCCAGGCUCCCACUUGUAUGCCAGUACUGGUGACCUCAUGGACUUGGAAAAAGAUGAUCUUUUUCCACAUUUAGAUGAUGUAUUGCAACAUAUCAAUGGACUCCAGCAAUCUGUGGAUCACUGGUCAAAGGAUGUUAUGCCAGAACUGCAAGAUGAUGACUCAUUGGUUGUGGAAUCUGGAACAUCAACUUACCAUUUGCCAAAUCCAACGGCUCUAGAUUUCGAAGGGAAUUCUAUUUCUGAUGGAAGAACAACUCCAAGUGAUCUGGAUCGGGAUGCUGCAUCCCUCAAUGAAUCUGAUACAGUGGGAACAAGGGAAAGAAGAGAUUCUGGAGUGGGGGCAUCCCUUACAAGGACAAGGCGCCUAAGAUGGCACAGUUUCCAGAUCUCUCACCAGUUGAGCCAUUCUCUGGCAUCACUUCAAAUCGGUAACCAGUCUGCAGGGCAGCUCAAUCUACUACAGAAGUUCUCACUGCUUCGCCUGACAGCUAUUAUGGAGAAAUACUCCAUGUCAAACAAACAUGGCUGGACAUGGUCUGUACCAAAGUUUAUGAAGAGGAUGAAGGGUCCAGACUACAAGGAUAAGAAUGUUUUUGGAGUACCACUGAUGGUCCAUGUGCAGAGAAGCGGCCAACCCUUACCGCAGAGUAUUCAGCAAGCGAUGCGCUACCUUCGCAGCAACUGCCUUGAUCAGGUUGGCUUGUUUAGAAAAUCUGGUGUUAAGUCUCGAAUCCAGGCCCUACGCCAGAUGAAUGAGAACUGUCCAGAGAAUGUAAACUAUGAGGACCAGUGUGCGUACGAUGUGGCGGACAUGGUGAAACAGUUCUUCCGUGACCUUCCAGAGCCCCUUCUCACAAGCAAACUGGGAGAGACCUUCCUACACAUCUACCAGUAUGUCCCCAAGGACCAAAGGCUUCAGGCAGUGCAGUCGGCCAUUAUGCUGAUGUCAGAUGAGAAUCGUGAAGUCCUUCAGACGCUACUGUGCUUCCUUAAUGACGUUAGCUCAGUGGAAGAGAAUCAGAUGACCCCCAUGAAUCUCGCCGUCUGUUUGGCACCAUCUCUGUUCCACCUCAAUUUACUGAGGAAAGACAAUUCGCCAAGGGCCAUACAGAAAAAAUAUGCAACCGGAAAACCGGACCAGAAGGAUCUGAAUGAGAACUUGGCUGCUACACAGGGCCUGGCACACAUGAUCAUGGAAUGUAACAAAUUGUUUGAGGUUCCACAUGAGAUUAUAGCACAGUCACGGAAUUCCUAUUUAGAUGCUGAUAUGCAUCUUUCCACUAUGGAGGAACUGGGGAAGCAGCUGGAAGAGGAGUCAGGGAACAUCUCUGUCUACUUUGAUAAUGUCAUUCAGAGCCUUCAGAAAGAAGCCAGGGAUAAGUUUAAAGGAUGGGUCUCCCUUUCCAGCACAGAGAACACUGACGUGGCUUACAAAAAGGUUGGAGAUGGAAAUCCUCUGCGCCUCUGGAAGGUGUCAGUGGAGUUGGAAGCCCCUCCACCCGUUGUGCUAAACCGAUUAUUAAGAGAGCGCCACCUAUGGGACGAUGAUUUUCUGCAGGGAAAGAUCAUCAAAACUGUUGAUAACCAAACAGAAGUUUACCAGUAUGUUGUUAAUAGCAUGGCUCCCCAUCCUUCUAAGGACUUCGUGGUUUUAAGGACGUGGAGAACGGAUUUGGCGAAGGGUAUGUGCAGUUUGGUGGCUAUGUCUGUAGAGCAUGAGGACACCCCUCUCGUUGGUGGAGUUAGAGCAGCACUUCUGGACACGCGUUAUCUGAUUGAACCCUGUGGCUCUGGAAAGUCCAGACUCACCCAUAUUUGCAGAGUUGACCUGAAGGGCCAUUGUCUGGAUUGGUAUAACAAAUGCUUUGGACACAUCUGUGCAGCAGAAGCAUUGCGGAUUCGCACCUCCUUCCAGCCCCUUACUACAGAAGGACCAGAGACAAAAAUCUGAAGACUAUCUCCCAUUGACUUUAUAUAUUAUUGAUGACUCUGCAGGAAGGCAGUGCUGUGCAUGCGAAGACCUCCUGGGCAUUCCUCAGAGAUACUUUAUUAUCAAUAGCAUUUGUUUUAUUAAAUUAAUUGUAAAAAGCCCAUGUAAAUAUGUAAUCUAUAUAUAAGUAUAUAUUAUUUAAUAGGAUUAUAGGUGUAUACAAAUAUAUGUUAAUGAAGUAUAUGAGUUAAUGCUUUCUGUGGAAGCUUUAUUGUUUCAUAUUUCAUAAUAUUUUAUUUCACUUUGCCCACUUUAUACAUACUAUGUAUAUAUGCUUACGGCCACAAGUAUUACAUAAAGAUAAGGAAAAUUGUGGUUUCCUAUAUACAGCAAUAAUAUGGACACAGUACUUAGGCUGUCCUAAUCUGUGAUGCACUGCACUGUCUGGACCUUGCUUAGGUACUUUGUAUAUAAGAGAAUAAA